CAGAAUACGGAAAGCGGGAGGGACAAAUUGCCAAUGUUUGGAGUCUGGUUUCCAGGUUAGUGUUUUGGGGGGCUCUGGGUGUGGCGGUUGUCGGAACUGAAAUUGGCUGCACCAUGUCGGCCUUCGAGAAGCCUCAGAUCAUCGCCCAUAUCCAGAAGGGCUUCAACUACACGGUGUUUGACUGUAAAUGGGUGCCCUGCAGCGCCAAAUUUGUGACCAUGGGCAACUUCGCACGGGGCACCGGCGUCAUUCAGCUGUACGAGAUCCAGCACGGGGACCUGAAGCUGCUUCGAGAGAUUGAAAAGGCCAAACCUAUUAAAUGUGGAACAUUUGGUGCAACAUCUUUACAGCAGAGAUAUUUAGCUACUGGAGAUUUUGGUGGAAACCUUCAUAUAUGGAAUUUAGAAGCUCCAGAGAUGCCAGUAUAUUCUGUAAAGGGCCAUAAAGAAAUUAUAAAUGCCAUAGAUGGUGUAGGUGGACUAGGAAUUGGAGAAGGAGCACCUGAAAUUGUGACCGGCAGCCGAGAUGGAACCGUGAAGGUAUGGGACCCAAGGCAAAAAGAUGAUCCUGUUGCUAAUAUGGAACCUGUACAAGGAGAAAACAAGAGAGACUGUUGGACUGUGGCAUUUGGCAAUGCUUAUAAUCAAGAAGAACGUGUUGUUUGUGCUGGUUAUGACAAUGGGGAUAUCAAACUAUUUGAUCUCAGAAAUAUGGCAUUACGGUGGGAGACAAACAUCAAAAAUGGGGUAUGUAGCUUGGAGUUUGACAGAAAAGACAUAAGUAUGAAUAAGUUAGUAGCCACAUCUCUGGAAGGAAAGUUCCAUGUUUUUGACAUGAGAACACAGCAUCCAACCAAAGGUUUUGCCUCUGUUUCGGAAAAGGCUCAUAAAUCCACUGUGUGGCAGGUCCGACACCUGCCGCAGAACAGGGAGCUCUUUCUGACAGCUGGAGGCGCCGGCGGCCUUCACCUCUGGAAGUAUGAAUACCCUAUUCAGCGGUCAAAGAAAGAUUCUGAGGGAAUAGAAAUGGGAGUCGCAGGUUCUGUAAGCCUUCUGCAGAAUGUUACGUUGUCCACCCAGCCCAUUUCAAGUUUGGAUUGGAGUCCAGAUAAAAGGGGUCUUUGCGUCUGUAGUUCAUUUGACCAAACGGUGAGAGUACUAAUCGUUACGAAACUCCAUAAAAUUUGACUUCAAGACUUUGGACUCACAGAAUUUAAGAUAGGUUCUGGAAUCCUCUGACCCUCAUUGAACAAAGCUGGAUUUGGCUGAUGACAAAAACCCCCAGACACAAGCCCCUGGGCCAGCCUCCAGCCUCUCCUGGGGCGUGUUUGCCAACUUGCUUGCUGCUGCGCGUGGGUAUCAGAAGCACCGAGUAAACUGUCUCCAGGGCCAGUGCUUUUCUUCUCCCUUCCAUUUCUAAGUCAAUAGUUGUCUAUAAUUAAACAUAUUUCAGAUUUGUUCUGUGUCCCUGAAGUUCCAUAUUUUAUCUUUAUGCUUGUGUUAUGUUUUAGUGUCUAUAAUGUUGUGGUGGGAAUCAUUUCAUUUGGUUUAAAAGAGUUUGCCUUGGAAAAACUGAAUUAUCCUUCAGAAAUACAUUUUGAGAGAUUUCAGUGUCAGUACGUUUCUGGACAUAAUAUUAUUGUAUAAAAUAUCAAAAUGGUGGGCCAGGCAUGGUAGCUCACGCCUGUAAUUCCAGCACUUUGGGAGGCUGAAGUGGGCAAAUCACGAGGUCAGUAAUUCGAGACCAGCCUGGCCAACAUGAUGAAACCCCAUCUCUACUAAGAAUACAAAAAAUUAGCUGGGCGUAGUGGCGGGCGCCUGUAAUCCCAGCUACUCCGGGAGGUGGAGGUUGCAGUGAGCCGAGAUCGCACCACUGCACUCCAGCCCUGGCGACAGAGUGAGACUCUGUCUCAAAAACAAAUAUAUAUAUAUAAAAAAUAUCUCAAAAUGGCAUGGUUGGUCUAGAUUUGGGUAACUAUUUUCAGCAAUUUAAUUCAUAAAACAAAAUGCUAUGAUUUAUAAAGCUCUUUUUUACUUAAAAUACAGGAAUUGAAUUGGUGAGGCUUUUGGUUAUUGACUGUGGUAAGUGGUGGUGAAAUGUACACGAUUGUAGGGGUUUUGUAGUCUUAUUUUUGGUCAUACUUUAAAAAUGCAUUUUAUGAAUAAACUUCUGUUUUUGAGAUCUACAGAAGCUUUGAUUCUGUUACCUUAACAGUAGUAAUAAAGUUAACGUUUUCACAUCA